GAAAGCGACUGUGUCACGCGCCAUCUUCAGAGAACUCAAACUCAGAAAAUGUCGUCGUAUGUUACGGCCUGAAAUCAAGUUUCUCAUCAAGUGGGAAGAGGAGGAGAAACCUGCCUGAGAAAUGAGUGUGUAUGAGGAGAGAGAGGAUGAGACUACUGUUGACGCUCAGAGAGCAGCAUCUCCAGGAUUCAGCUGUGUGUCUAUGAAGAGUAACAACUCCAUGCAUCUGCCCCCUUUUCUCAGUGGUGUUGACACUCAGAGAGCAGCAUCUCCAGGAUUCAGCUGUGUGUCUGUGAAGAGUAACAACUCCAUGCAUCUGCCCCCUUUUCUCAGUGAUGUUCACACUCAGAGAGCAGCAUCUCCAGGAUUCAGCUGUGUGUCUGUGAAGAGUAACAACUCCAUGCAUCUGCCCCCUGAACUCAGUGAUGUUGACGCUCAGAGAGCAGCAUCUUCAGGAUUCAGCUGUGUGUCUAUGAAGAGUAACAACUCCAUGCAUCUGCCCCCUUUUCUCAGUGGUGUUGACACUCAGAGAGCAGCAUCUCCAGGAUUCAGCUGUGUGUCUGUGAAGAGUAACAACUCCAUGCAUCUGCCCCCUUUUCUCAGUGAUGUUCACACUCAGAGAGCAGCAUCUCCAGGAUUCAGCUGUGUGUCUGUGAAGAGUAACAACUCCAUGCAUCUGCCCCCUGAACUCAGUGAUGUUGACGCUCAGAGAGCAGCAUCUUCAGGAUUCAGCUGUGUGUCUAUGAAGAGUAACAACUCCAUGCAUCUGCCCCCUUUUCUCAGUGAUGUUGACACUCAAAGAACAGCAUCUCCAGGAUUCAGCUGUGUGUCUAUGAAGAGUAACAACUCCAUGGCUAUUCCCCCUUUUCUCAGUGAUGGAUCUGCUGUGAACUCUGGACCUGGCAGGAAGAGAAAGAAAGCAGCAUCUCCAGUAUCCAACUGUGUGUCCAUGAAGAGAAAUAGAAUGAUCCACACAUCAGAAUCCCUGAAUGAUCCACACAUGUUCAGGACUGGAGCAGUGCGCUUUGACCCUGUUGGUAAAAAAGCUGUUUCCUCACCGACCGGCACAUCCCCCUACUGUCAGAACAACUUCAGUCAUCAUGACACAGUAGCAAACCUGCAGCUCAAUUUAGACCAACCAAUGCAUGUUGAUCUGCAGAGAAUCAAAGACCAGCACAAAACCAGCAUGAAGAACAAGUCACAGUGA